CGUCCUCCCUCCCUGUCAGAACUAAGGCCGAGCGCUCUCAGUUGGGCGCCAUGCUGCGCGGCGUCCGGUGCUUGCGUCCGCUGUGGGUCUGGGCUUCCCGGGAGGCUGGGCGCUGUGUGGGGCUGCGGCGGAGGCCUUGUGGGGCCUCGAGGGCUGGGCCUCUCCCCUUGGGGUCGCGGAGGCUGGGCGGCUUCUUGGGGAGCUCGGAGCAGGCGGCGGUGGCGGCAGAGGACGCGAGAGGACGCCCAGAACGUGGUCCUUCAAGAUUCAACUUUGAGGAUAUAGUGUCACUUCUGAGACAAGAAAACGCCAAAGAUAUUUGUGCUAUCCAGUUGCCUCCAGAAAUGAAAUACAGCAACUAUUUUAUCAUUGUCAGUGGAACAUCUUCAAGGCACCUCCAUGCUAUGGCACACUACCUGAUAAAAAUGUACAAGCAUUUGAAGACAGACUGCGAUCCUCAUGUUUUGAUAGAGGGAAAAGACACUGAUGACUGGUUGUGCAUAGAUUUUGGCCAUACUGUAGUCCAUUUCAUGUUGCCAGAGACACGUGAAGUCUAUGAAUUGGAAAAGCUGUGGACACUCCGAUCUUAUGACGAUCAGCUGGCACAGAUGAUCCCAGAAUCCCUACCAGAUAACUUCAUAUUUGGGAUGCCUUCAGAACAGGAAGAACUGGCCACUUCAUAAGAUAAAGAACAAAGUUUUUCAUGGAUAAAUGCUUUUUAUUGUUGAUUGCACUGGCCAACUGGAACAUUUGAUGCCAAGAAGAAAAAACUAACCUGUGGCGGCAUAGUGGUCAUAAGCUCAAAUAGCAAUCUUAUGGACUAGAUCUGUACAAAAUACAUUUUAUAAAUAAAUGCAUAUAGAAAACGAA